UAUAUCAUCUCUCCUACGUGUCGAAUCCGACUAUCGGCCGUCACAGCCGCACCGCUCUUACCGUGCACCGCACUACACGGCGUCGUCUCUUCGGCAUAUCCACCGGUUAUUCCGGUAUCCCUUCUCCCUCUCCCUCUCCCUCACCAUAUAGCAAACCCUACCUCUCAUUUCUUCUCUCGACCUAGCUACUACUUUUCUCUCUCAGCACCGGGCAACUUUCUCCACCAACUCUCUCGAGAAUCAUGGGCAAGGUUAAGAUCGGAAUCAACGGAUUUGGUAGGAUUGGAAGGUUGGUGGCAAGAGUUGCUCUGCAGAGAGAUGAUGUGGAGCUCGUUGCUGUCAACGAUCCGUUCAUUGCCCCGGAAUACAUGACAUACAUGUUCAAGUACGACACUGUUCAUGGAUACUGGAAACACCACGAAGUGAAAGUGAAGGACCCUAAGACCCUUCUCUUUGGUGACAAGCCCGUCACUGUCUUCGGCAUCAGAAACCCGGAGGAGAUCCCUUGGGGUGAGACCGGAGCUGAUUACGUUGUGGAGUCCACUGGUGUGUUCACUGACAAGGAAAAAGCAGCUGCCCAUUUGAAGGGUGGUGCCAAGAAGGUCAUCAUCUCAGCCCCAAGCAAGGACGCACCUAUGUUUGUUGUGGGUGUCAAUGAGAAGGAGUACAAGUCAGACGAGACUAUUGUUUCUAACGCUAGCUGCACCACCAACUGUCUUGCUCCCCUGGCAAAGGUUAUCAAUGACAGGUUUGGCAUUGUUGAAGGUCUCAUGACCACUGUUCACUCUAUCACUGCAACACAGAAGACUGUGGACGGCCCAUCAGCCAAGGAUUGGAGAGGUGGAAGGGCUGCAUCAUUCAACAUCAUCCCCAGCAGUACUGGAGCUGCUAAGGCGGUUGGAAAAGUGUUGCCUGCAUUGAAUGGGAAGUUGACUGGAAUGGCUUUCCGUGUUCCAACUGUUGAUGUCUCUGUGGUUGAUCUCACUGUGAGGCUGGAGAAGGCUGCUAGCUAUGAUGAAAUUAAAGCUGCUAUUAAGGAGGAAUCUGAGGGAAAACUUAAGGGGAUCUUGGGUUACACUGAAGAUGAUGUUGUUUCCUCGGAUUUUGUUGGUGACAGCAGGUCGAGCAUCUUUGAUGCUAAGGCAGGAAUUGCUUUGAACAAAAAUUUCGUGAAGCUCGUGUCGUGGUAUGACAACGAGUGGGGCUACAGCUCCCGUGUGGUUGACUUGAUUGUCCACAUGUCCAAGACCAAGUAAAGCUAAAGGCUUAAAAAAAUGGCUGCGGAUGACUAUGCCAAAUGUUGGAUGUGCUCUGCAUUUGGAUGCGGUGUUGUCUUUCACUAUAUUAUGGGGUAGAGGAAGUGAGUGGGAAUAAAAAAUGGUGGUGUUGACGCCAUUUUAUGUGUUUUAGCAAGGGGAUUUGUGUUUUCUUCUACUUUUUUGUUUGGUACAAUGAUGUGGGGAGGAGCCUGUCUUAACCCCCCGUGUUUUUUGGUUUUCAUGGAAAUAUAGUUGGGAUACUUGCCGACCA